AUGGAGUGUUUUCUUCUUGUUCCUCUGCUUGCCUUCAUUUUGUUUCUUCAUCUGUGCUUCUUUAGCCCUUCAAACAACCCAAAGAGGUUAUUACCACCAUCUCCAACAAAGCUUCCAAUCAUAGGAAAUCUCCAUCAACUCGGAUCGCUUCCUCACCGUUCUCUCCAUAAACUAUCGAAAAAAUAUGGUCCAGUCAUGCUACUUCACUUUGGCAGUAAGCCAGUGAUUGUUGCUUCCUCUGUAGAUGCUGCUCGCAAUAUCAUGAAAACUCACGAUCUCGUUUGGUCAAAUAGACCUAAAUCUAGCAUCGCUGAUAGACUCUUUUAUGGCUCUAAGGAUGUGGCAUUUAGUCCCUAUGGUGAAUACUGGAGACAAAUUAGAAGUGUUACGGUGCUUCACCUUCUGAGCAACAAAAGAGUCCAAUCUUAUCGUCGUGUGAGAGAAGAAGAAAUAUCAAACAUGAUUGAUAAAAUUAGGCAACAAUGUGAUUCUUCAAAUUCAGUUGUGAUAGAUUUGAGAGAUGUUUUUAGUUGUAUGACUAAUAACAUAAUCAGCAGAGUGGCCAUAGGAAGGACAUACAAUGAAGGGGAAAGUGAAAUUGCUGUUAAGGCUCUCAUAGAAGAACUUCUUAUACUUAUAGGUACUUUCAACAUUGGGGAUUAUAUUCCAUGGCUUAAAUGGCUCAAUAAAAUCAAUGGUCUGAACACUAGAGUGAACAAAGUAGCUAAAGAUUUGGAUGCAUUCAUAGAGAGCGUGAUUGAAGAACGCAAGAUUAGGAACAAGAAAGCAGAAUGCAGUGCGGGUGAAGCUAAAGAUUUCGUGGGUGUUUUGCUGGAAAUUCAGAAUGGAAAGGAGACUGGUUUUCCUCUUCAAAUAAACUCAUUGAAAGCUCUAGUUUUGGAUGCGUUUGUUGCUGCCACAGAAUCAACGUAUACAGCUUUGGAGUGGAUAAUGACAGAGCUUUUGAGGCACCCAAGAGUUAUGAAAAAAUUACAGGACGAAGUGCGAGAAUUAGCCCAAGGGAUAACAGAGAUAACAGAGGACGACUUAGGAAAUAUGCAGUAUCUAAAAGCAGUGAUCAAAGAAACUCUCAGGCUUCAUCCACCGGCUCCACUAUUAAUUCCUCGAGAAUCAAUGGAAGACGUAAAAUUACUAAACUAUGACAUACCUGCUAAAACUCAAGUCAUUAUUAAUGCUUGGGCUAUUGGAAGAGACCCAUUGUCGUGGGAUGAUCCAGAAGAGUAUAGGCCAGAGAGAUUCUUAAACAGUGAUAUUGAUGUGAAAGGGCUAAACUUUGAGUUGAUUCCGUUUGGAGCUGGCAGAAGGGGAUGCCCAGGAACUGUUUUUGCUAUUGUGGUAAUUGAGCUAGCAUUAGCAAAGAUUGUGCACAAUUUCAAUUUUGCAUUACCAAAAGAAGAAGAUUUGGACAUGACUGAAUGCCAUGGGCUCACUGUUAGUAUGAAAUCACCUUUGCUUUCUGUGGCUACUCCAUGCUCUAGCUAG